GGGUCAUGAUCGACAACUGCGUGGUGCACUGGCUGUACACGACGGUCUCCCCCGAGCUCCUCGACGUCAUCAUGCAGCCCGAGGACACGGCCCUGACCGUGUGGACCGCGCUCCAGGAGCUCUUCCGCGACAAUCAGCUCGCACGCGCGGUCUACAUCGACGCCGAGUACCACGCGCUUGUCCAGGGCGACAUGACGGUGAUGCAAUACUGCGCCAAGCUCAAGAGCUUCACCGACCAACUGCGCAACCUGGGGCAGCCUGUCACCGAGGUGCAGCAGGUCUUCAACCUCCUGCGCGGGCUUGGACGCCAGUUCCACCACGCCAUCCCGCACAUCACGUCGCGUGUUCCUCUUCCUUCGUUCCUGCAGGUUCGCUCCUUCCUCAUGCUGGAGGAACAUCGUGCCGAACAGUCCGCGCGCCAGAACGCCGCUCACGCACUCCUGGCCGGGCGUGCGCCCGCUCCUGCGCCGGCCUACGGCGGCGACGGCAGCUCCAGCUCUGGCGGUGGGCGCAACCGCGGCCGCAACAGGAACAAAGGAAAGGGCAAGGCUCCUGCCGAUCCUCCGCCCGCCCCACCAGCCUCUGCUUCCUCGCCGGCUCCGCGCCCACCAACGUACCCCGCUCCUGCACCCGGCACCAACUCCUGGACUGGGCUCGUCCAAGCGUGGCCCGUGCACUGGCGCGCCCCUGGUGCUGGCGUGCUUGGCCCGCGUCCCGGCACACCUCAUCAACAGGCGCUGAUGGCCGUGGCCCCGUCGCAGCUGCCGUACCAGUACGGGCCCGGCAUCGCUCCGCCACAGCUGCCGUACAACUACGGCGGCCUCCCUCCCUACGGCUACACCUACGGCUCGCCCGGCGCUGGCCCCAGCACCCCUGCACCGCCCAACUUCGGCACGCCCGGCGCAAGUUCCAGCACGGCUCCUGCCUCGCCGCAGCCAUGGGACAUGGGCGCACUCCAGGCCGCGCUGCAUGGCACCACGUCGUCUCCUUCUGGUGGCACGUCGGACUGGUACCUCGACACCGGGGCAUCGUCGCACAUGUCCUCCGGCGCCGGACCUUCGAACUCGGAUGGUGAUUCUGCGCUGUAACUCUGACGGCGAUCUGUACCCGGUGGCCUCAAGCUCGUCAGUACCUCGCCGUCCGUUCGCUGGCGCUGCUUCAGUCACCCUCUGGCAUCAGCGGCUUGGUCACCCCGGCCAUGCCGCCCUUCGUAGCACAUUGUCUAGUUUUUCCUUUGAU